GUUGUAGUACAUUGUCCCCCUCUGUCAUUUCCCCAGGUCUCUGCUCCUCCUGCUGAUCCUCCUGGGGGUCUCCGCUGAAGAGCCGCCCCCCGCAGCCCCCGCUCAGGACACAUGGAGGGAGUUCUGGCUGCUGCGCUUCAUGGUGAACAUCGCCGGUUACGGGACCGUUCUGAUCCCGGGCUUCCUGCUCAUCCAGUACUUCAAACGGGGCAACUACCUGGAGACGGGUCGGGGGAUCUGUUUCCCGGUGGUGAGGUCGUGUGUAUUCGGACAUGAGUCGAAGUCUGUGGCCGCUGAUGAGCCGCCUUCCAGCCCCCGGGGCGAUGGAGACCCCUCCACCACGCAGCAAGCCUUCAAACUGCUCUUCUGCGCCUCCGGCCUCCAGAUCUCGUACCUGACCUGGGGCGUGUUGCAGGAGCGCGUGAUGACCCGGACCUACUCCUCCGCCGAGCCCGGGAGUCCAGGGGAGAAGUUCAGAGACUCCCAGUUCUUGGUGUUCAUGAACCGUAUCCUGGCGCUGGUUGUGGCGGGAACUUACUGCGCUCUGACCAAGCAGCCGCGCCACGGGGCGCCCAUGUACAAGUACUCGUUUGCCUCUCUCUCCAACAUCCUGAGCAGCUGGUGUCAGUACGAGGCGCUGAAGUUCAUCAGCUUUCCCACCCAGGUCUUGGCCAAAGCCUCCAAGGUGAUCCCGGUGAUGCUGAUGGGCAAGCUGGUGUCGCACAAGAGCUACGAGUACUGGGAGUACUUCACUGCCGUCCUCAUCUCUCUGGGGGUCAGCAUGUUCUUACUGUCCAACGGGGAAGGCCACCGCGCCCCUGGCGUCACCACCUUCUCCGGAGUGGUCAUCUUGGCGGGCUACAUCGUCUUCGACAGCUUCACCUCCAACUGGCAAGACUCGCUCUUCAAGUACAAGAUGUCGUCGGUGCAGAUGAUGUUCGGGGUGAACCUCUUCUCCUGCCUCUUCACGGUCUUCUCUCUGCUGGAACAGGGGGCGCUGCAGGACGCCAUCCGCUUCAUGUCCCGACACCCGGACUUCGCCUUCCAUGCGGCGCUGCUGUCGGUGUGCUCCGGCUUUGGCCAGCUCUUUAUAUUUUAUACCAUAAACAAGUUUGGGGCGGCCAUUUUCACCAUCAUUAUGACUCUGCGCCAGGCAUUGGCCAUCCUCUUGUCUUGUCUGCUCUACGGACACCCGGUCACCGCGGUCGGCGCGGUGGGCGUGGCGGUGGUCUUUCUUGCCUUAUUCCUCCGUGUCUAUGCCAGGGGCAGGAUGAAGAAGAAGGGCAGGAAGGCGGCAGAUGCCCCGGUGGUUCAGAAGGUCUGAGCAGGACGCGGUGGUCGCUGCGGUCAUUGACCCUACAUGUGGGGACUUGUGUGGGGACGGAUGGACGGCGGAGAGCCGCUUAUCUCUCUGACGGAAGAGGGAUCUGGGAUCCUUUAUUUGUAUUUGGGACGUUAUUAUCGUUAUUAAACAUUUACAUUUUC